AUGGAUCAGGCAUACAUACCGGGACAGAAUAAUACUAGUGCGUUAUUAUACAGUGAUUACAUUUAUCUCGUUUAUUUAUUUAUUUUAUCAAUAUUUUACGCUUAUUAUAUGGCAUUGCUAUUGCAUGAUGCAGCCAAACAAAUUAAUGAUAAUGAACUCAUUAAUGAAGAUUAUGACAGAAUACCAAAACUAUUUUGGAUUAGACGGACGAGUACUUAG